AUGGCGUCUACUCAAAUGGCAUCAACGAGCACAGCGGCAUUUACAGCAGGCAGGCGGAUUGGCGCGGUGCGCGGCACUCCUCGGAAGAGCAGGCCCACAAUCGUUUCUGCGCUGCCCAAGCAGGACAACGCUGGAAACGGUGUCCAGAAAGCCCUGAACGCUGGAGCGAAGUUUGCUGUGUCUCUUGCUGCCGCGCAGCUGGCCCUGUCAGGUGCUGCCAUGGCUGACCUGCCACCUCAGAUUGAUGACAACGCCAACUUUGGCCCCAACGAGGUCAGCAAGCAGACCAUCAAGGACACAUCUGUGGGAGCGGACAAUGCCUUCGACCAGGCUGCUCCAGGGCGCAGCGGUGGCCUCUUUGGAGGCGCCAGUGUUGGCAAGAAUGAGCCGGGCGCCGUGGACCCUUCUAAGGUGAAGGAGAAGGGAUCCAAUGUUGUGGACAAAAUCAAGUCCGCCCUUCCAUUCCAGACACUGUCGGUCUUCGAGCUGGCAGAGGCUGAGGACUACCAGACUCCUCCCCAGGAGAACCAGAACGCGGACCUCGGUCCCAACGAGGUCACAAAGGAAUCCAUCGGCGACAUCUCGCUUGAUGCAAACAACCCCUUUGACACCGCCGCUCCAGGGCGCUCGGGUCAGACCUUUGGCGAGAAUGGCCCCGGCAGCGGUGACACCGGCGCUGUGGAUGAGUCAAAGGUGAAGGAGAAGGCCCUGGGGGCUUCCUCUGUCUUUGACAAGAUCAAGGCUGCGCUGCCGUUCCAGACACUCCCAGUGUUUGAGCUGGCAGAGGCUGAGGACUACCAGACUCCUCCCCAGGAGAACCAGAACGCGGACUUCGGUCCCAACGAGGUCACAAAGGAAUCCAUCGGCGACAUCUCACUCGAUGCGAACAACCCUUUUGACACCGCCGCCCCAGGCCGUUCUGGAGGUACCUUUGGCAAGAGCGGCCCAGGCAGCGGCGAUGUGGGCGCUGUGAAUCCCGCAGAGGUCAAGGGCAAGGCUCUCAAGGCAUCCUCGCUCUUCGACAAGCUCAGGGCUUUGCUGCCCUUUGGCAACAUGCCCAUCUAUGACUUGUCUGUGUCGCCGGACAACAAGAACCUGGGACCCAAUGAGGUCGGCAAGAAAGAGCUCGCACAGCUGCCAGGCGCCAACAACAAGUUCGACACUGCCACACCAGGCCGUGCUGGAGAGGGCUUGAGCAACCUGAAGAAGGACGCGCCCAGGGCAGCAUCUGAUGUGAUCAAGGACGCACUCAGCAAGGUUGGCAACUGA